CAUGAACUCGCAGCCCUCAGCUUUAUCGCCUAACUGUUUUAUUAGCGGGGUUGUGACAAAACUGCAGAAACAUAAACGGGGACGGGGGAGAUUUUUACGGAAAUAGGUGACACACAUGAAGUGAGUCCAGGUGUAAACAAGAGAAGGGCCGAGACGGGAUCGCAGAGCAGAGACGCCCCCGACGCCGGAGGCAGAGACGCGCUAUAAAAAGGUGAGGCGGUAUUUUAGUGCGUGAGGAUCGUUUACCAGCGUCGAGCCGCGCCGUGACAUCCACACGGAUUCAGCCAUGGACCGUAUUUAUGGAGACGACAUGAUUCUGGUGUAAAGCAAAACGCAUUGUUUUACCUCCUGGACUUCUGGUUGUUGUUGCGGACGCGUGUUUGAGAAGAAACGCUUCUUUGCGAUGUUGAGACGGACCGAGAGGGGAAUCCGAGCAACGCAGAGCCUCCUUUCGGUAUGGACCGGCUAGCCUUCGCUGCUCAGUGAUGUUAGCUUUGAGCCACUACAACUCCACCGCCUCCCCUCUCCCCGGCUUCUUGAACGCCAGUAGAGGGAAGUUGGAGGCCCGGGUGGCUGUUGAAGGGCUGUCCCAGCAGGGGAACUUCACCUUGGUGCAACCCACCACCGCCGGCGCUAUUGUCGUGAUAUUGUCUAUGACCCUGGGCAUCAUCUCCAACAUCGUGGCGCUCUUCAUCCUGGUUAAUGCCUACUCCCUCCAGCGCCGGCGCUCCAAAGCCACGUUCCUUCUUUUUGCCGCCUCACUGGUGGUGACAGAUUUCGUAGGCCAUGUGAUCCCCGGCGCCCUGGUUCUCAGACUCUACCUGCACGGAGGCGUGCGCCCCGAGGCCUUGAACUCAUCCGACGGCCUGUGCCAGUUCCUGGGUGGGAGUAUGGUGUUCUUCGGACUGUGCCCGCUCUUCAUGGGCUGUGCCAUGGCGGCGGAGCGCUGCCUGGGCGUCACCAAGCCCCUGCUGCACUCGUCUCUGGUCACCAAAACCCGCACAAAGAUCUGCCUGUGUGUCAUCUGGCUGGCGGCGCUGUGCGUGGCCAUGCUGCCCUGCGUUCAGCUGGGCUCCUACACUUACCAGGACCCGGGAACCUGGUGUUUCAUCAAAGUCCUCCGUGACACUGAGGAGGUGGACGUGGCUUUCGUGGCACUGUUCUCUGGACUUGGAAUGACCUGUCUCGCCGUGGCUCUGGUGUGUAACACCAUCAGCGGGCUGACGCUGGUGCUGGCUCGGCUCAGGAGGCAGCCCGGCUCCCAUCACCCGGCCAAGUCCCACGACAUAGAGAUGGUGGUCCAGCUGGUCGGCAUCAUGAUCACCUCCUGCAUCUGCUGGAGCCCUCUGCUGAUCUUUGGCUUGAUGACAGCAAUCCGUUCCUACGCAGGUUCCAUCGGUGACGACCUGUCCAGCUAUAAAACUCUCAUGGUGAUGGGUGUGAGGCUGGCCACGUGGAACCAGAUUCUUGACCCCUGGGUCUACAUCCUAUUGCGCCGUACAGUUCUCCGCAAAAUCUACCUCAUCGCAAAGUGUCAGGCAGGACUGAGGGGAAAUAAACUAGGCCGCUGGGAGCCCACCUCAUUUCACAGUACAGAGAAGAAGGAAGUCCAUCAGGUGUGAGCGGAGGGAAAGAUUGAUGUAGUGAUUAGUGAACUUUAUGACCAGGCCAAGUCAGUUUAUUGGUGGGUUCACUGUUUGCUCUAAAAAUGGAAGCUAGCUAAUGAUGUGAUUUUGCACAAGAUAUACUAAACCAAGCUGCAGUUUACUUUGAAUAAGUGAACAUUCCUUAUUGCCUGAUUCAUGCUCAAAGCAAACUUUGUAGGAAAACCAUUUGUGGGGAACUGAAGCUUGUUAAAUGUUAUCCACCAACCUGAUUUUCAUCAGCUUUAAAAAAAAUAAAAUAAAUACAAUUUUAUACAUUUGUUUGCCAGUGAGAUACGAGUGAAAGAAACAUGAUGGACCUGAAUUAACACAACCAUCAGAGGACACUCCAGCCUAUAAAGUAUUUAGAGUCUAAUUGUGAUCUUAUUCUGCUGAACGUAUUUUAGGUGAUGUUGAUAUUUAAAGAAACUGUGGAGUUUACAUGUGUUAAACCAAAGUCAGCUUUCUAUGUGUUUAUACAGUGCCUUUGUGAAAUAACAUAAGAUUGUUAAUACUUGAAUUGAAUUUUACCCUCGAUUUUCUGAGGAAAUGUGAAGAAUGAAUGUAAAUAAAACCUUUAUUCUGA